GAUGUGUGUGUGCUUUAUGAGUUUUUUAUGGCAUGGUAUAGAACGCCUUUACUUUCAUUCAGCCUAUGUUAUUGCCAUUGUAUAGACCUAGAGUUAUAAAAUUGUUAAUGCAUAGUUUUUGAAAUGUUGGCAACACUACGUAAUUUAUUGUAGCUGUCAAAAUUUAAAUUUUUCCCGCGAACGUAUGCGUGGAAUAAUAACUUAAUAUAAAUAGAAAUCUGAACAUGUCCAAUGAAGGUGCAAUAUCAAUUGGAAAGGAUAACGAUUCAACUCAAACAUCGCAAUCAUUUCGAGACCAAAAACUAAUUGAAAGAUUUGUUCGGAGCAGUCAACUGAUCAAAAUAAUUGAAGGCGCAACGGAACAAUUUAUAAAAAGAUAUCGUGAUAGCAAGAAGCCAGAAGACGCUUUAGGUGCUCUAUUUGUACCGCUUCAUUUCGAGUACUCUCAUUUUAUACACAAUAAUGCUAAUGAGUUGUUGCACCAGGUAAUCGAAGAACCAUUACAAUUUUUGAACGCUGCUAAAUAUUGCGUUUAUGGGAUUGUUCGUGAUCAAAUUAAAUUAUCCGGAAGCACAGGAGAGAAUAACGGACUCAAGUCCAUUGACAUUGACCAGCUUCACAUACAACUGCGAUUCAACGGAUUACCACUGCAGAAAAAUUUGCACUUUGCACACUACAAAAACUGUUUGCCGCCAGGGCUGUCAUGGACAACUGGAAUUUUGUCGGCAAUAUCGGAGCCUCAGUGGGCAAUGUCAGAUUUUCUUGACUUAUUAAAGAUAUAUUUUUUUUAUUUUCCUCAUAAAUAAUGGAUAAUAUUUGGAAUAAUAUAUAGCUUUCAUUUCUUAAUAUCAAAAGACACUUGGUUAUACGCUUAUCUGAAAGAAUAUCUUUUACAGUUUACAGUCGACGUGGUUUUGUUCAACCGGUUGCAAUCGUAAUAAAAUUAAAUCAGACUCAGUAGAUGCUCCCAUAUGCAACAGCUGUGGUCACCACAUGAACGAAUAUGCAAAAUUGCGUGUGACAGAGAAAUAUCAUUUCCUGCGCUUACUUCCCACCUCCAGUAUUAAAAACCCCAGAGUUGUAAAUAAAAUUUUCCGUGCACUAACUGUGCAUUGCAAAGAGCACGUCCACGAUUGUGAACUUCGGCUUGGAACCAGCUAUUUCAUAAUUGGUUACUACGAUUAUACGCGCGCUGGUCAAAUUUUUCAAGCAUGGAACGUAAUCAUACGUUAGAAAGCGCUUUUGCGAUGAGUCUGAGGAACAUAACAGAUAAUGAAUUAGACGCCCUGUUGCAUUUUGACAGUCCGCCACCGACUAUUCAAUUCUCCCAAAGCACUAAUCAACUCAGCAAAGAUGGUAAUGGAGAUCUUGAAGAAGCUAAUCAAACACUCAGUACAUUGCAGUUUAAUCGUGAAUUGCUUCCUUCGCAAAUGAGUUCACAAGUUGGCGAUGUAAACUAUUUUCCUGAUGAUUUAGAUUUUACCCUUAACUUUACUCAACAAAGUUCAGCGCAACUUGAGUCUGUUGUAAUAAAUUCGAUGGAAGUUGAGAGCAUUGAAAUAAAUGACACUGAGGGAGUAAAACCAGAAACUGAAAAGACGCCAACUAAUAAAGCUAAUAAAAGAAAAGAAGAUUUAUCGAGUAGAACUGUUCAUGUUACAAAAGAAUCCUCCAAUAGUAACAGUGCUGAUGCAAUGGGUUAUAUCGAUGAGGUUAUCAAGAAGGAGCUGCUGGAUCUUACGGCAAUAGAAGACUUUUCCGAUGAUGAUGGGUUUGCUAUUUUCAAUGAUGUCAGUUUGAAUGUUUCUACAGAGCUUGCACAGUCAAAUAUUGGUAGCGAAAAUAUAGAGCGCAUGUGUCAAUCUCAAAUGAAAGCACCAAACAAACAAACUCAACUUGGCAAACAAAUAUAUAUGUCUUGUCCAGUACAACUUAAUAAAGAUCAUAUCCCAGCUUUACCCAGUACAAUUUCGCCUCUUAAACCAAGCGAAGCCGUGGAUUACACACUUAAAAACUUUAAUAAAUGUAAUCCACCAACAGAAAAUGUCGAAAGCUUCGUGCCGCCGAAAGAGUUCAACGCUACUGGAACUACAGAUACAGUAGAUUAUAGUUCCACCAGCGAUGUGGGUAUGGUGCCCACUUCUGUAAAGCAAUUAUACGAUCUGGUGCGAGCUCAGUACUCUGAUUUCGCUUUCGUUUAUGCAUUAAGCGCGCAACUGUGUCAAGAUCGUGUACCAAUGGAUUGUUUCGUUAAUCUAAAAAUGGGUUUACUACUUAGCUUGGCGUCCAUAAGUACAAAUCCCGAUCGUCCACCGAUACCUAUAAUGGUGUUCGGCGGCGAUACAUACAUUGCCAACUAUUUACUUACAAACACUGCACAAAUGGCGGAACGUUUCGUUGGGCCAGCUGAUGUCGUAAAGCCGCCCUUCUGCGGGAACUAUCGCAAUUGUAAAUGGAUUAUAGCAGAUCCAAUCCUGCUGGCAAGUGGAGGAGUAUACUUCGCUGGCGAUUGGUCGCAUCUGAAGAUGGCCCGGACGGAUCAGCUUUUCAGAAUCAUCGAGUGUUCACGAGUUCCUGUUGAUCAUUCUUCGCAAAUCUAUCCUUUAGGAACCGCUAUAUGGGCACAUUGGCGCUCAUGCAAAGGCGAUGCUAAAGAUCAGCAGACGUUUAACAAAGUGGUUAAAAUAUUUGGCAUUGCUAUUUGCAUGGAUGACGAUGAAAAACAUGAAGUGCUCGUAGACUAUAUAUUGGAGCAGUCGUCUGUGAAGAUUUUCGAAUCGACCGUAGAUCACUUGUCAAUUAGCAGCGAAGACAUGCGUCGCUUUCUAAGGACAAUUUCAAAACGCUCAGUCGAUCUGACACCAGAAGCUUCGCUAUUACUACAACAAUAUUUUGUAACCUCACGUUACGCGCGCCCUGAAUGCCUGACUAAGCAAUCCUAUGUCGUAUUGAAACAAUUUGCCGAGUCUUUUGCAAAACUCUGCUUCCGCCACGAAGUGUUGGUCUGCGAUGUUGUUGCAGCUGUUUUUAUGAGCGAACAUUUUAUACGAAGUAUUUUCGGUGUGAAUGAAAAUUCUCCGCCACCAUUUGAAUCACAUAAUUUUGUGGGCUCUGUAGAUGCGCACAUGUUGAAGUUUCAAGACUGGCUAAAAGCCUACAUCCAAAAAUUUCAAGACAAAUAAUUUGAUGUUACAAACUAAUCAGUGCUUAAGUUAAAAAAACGUUUAUGUUUACAUUUUCUUAAAAACUUACAUUUUAUUUUAGAAUCAUACCUAAGUUGUAAAGUUUACAUAUGUGUGUUACAUGAACCACAUACAUAAAUAUAUAUGUAUACAUUAAUAAAUA